AUGACAAUAAUACUCUCCACACCGGUUGCUCGAUAUGAAGAGCCCACUAUCAUCCAAAUCAAGACCUCAGAAGAGGUUCUAGCCCAUCGACAAGGUCUUUCCACUCUCCUCCAAGAAUGCGUCAACGAAGGCUCCUCGAUUGGUUUCCUAGCCCCCCUUUCCGCCGAUGAUGCCAAUGAAUACUGGACAGCAGUCGCCUCGCUCAUUCCUCAAGGAAAUCUGCAUCUCUUUAUAUUUCUCUCACCUACCGCGGAGCCCAAUGCUCCGCCUUCCGUUCUCGGCACUAUCCAGCUGCUCAGCAUUCCUAAAGCCACGCAUCUGCACCGCGCCGAGAUCCUAAAACUGCUGGUCACUCCAUCGGCUCGUCGCCGGGGCAUCGCAAGGAGGCUGAUGGAGUAUGUAGAGAACUUCGCGAGAGAGAUGGGGAAGGAGAUGCUGACGCUGGAUACGGCGACGGAGAGUGCGGCGAUGGAGAUGUAUAGGAGGCUUGGGUGGGAAGAGUGGGGGACGUGUAGGGACUAUGCGAGUUGGCCAGAUGGGAGGAGGUGUGAUGCUACCUUCUUUCGAAAGGAUUUGGGGAAGAGCAGCUAGGUAGGGGACGGGUAGUCAGAGGAUAAUCACGUGACAUCGACGUCUAUAGCGGAGGAAAUACCUAAACUCUGAAGGUGAAUAGGAUAGAAACAUUACGCAGUAAGCUUUAACAAGUUUGAUGAUAUAUUAUUUAGUCUUCCU